UCUCCUUUGUGAAAACCCAUUCUUGUCUGUCAUAAUCUGAAGAACAGUUGGUUUGUGUUGACUUUGUGGACAGUGAAUUAUGUAAUUCACUGGGCAGGUCUCGGAUGAGCAGACAGGACUGGCCGCUUGGGCACUGCUGAGCUAAGGGCAGGCGCAGGUGUGAACAUGGCGUGAGGGGGCAGUGAGCAAACUACCCUCGACCUGGCUGGGGGAGGUCUGAGUAGGAAAGGUACCCUCUCUGGGUAGACUCACCAUGAAGAAACUGGCAGCCUGGGAUGCCUUAGACCUCUAGGCAUUGUCGAGUUGCCCCUGAACUGUUCUAUGAAGGCUGUUACUAAGGUGCUCCAGGGAACUCUCCAUUCCCUGCCCCUUCCUUGCAGCCUGAGGCUGCCUCCCAGGCUGGCUGUGAGCCCAAGAUCCCUGGAGAGGGGCACUUAGGGGGCACCUUCCACAAAGGGGCAGAUGCGGUGUAAACACCUACAGGGAUAUAGCAGUGCCUGAAGUCAAAGAAGGGUGCCUUCCAUAGGUCCACUCAAAGGGAAAAAACAGUGAUGGAGGGUCUUCAUUAAAUAUGGGUCAGUAUCUCCCAGGCCCUAAUAAGCCCACUCCUAUUCAUUCCAGCACCUGAACAUUGCAUGUCCGGAUUCUUUGAGCCUAACCUUUUAUCCUCUGAAGAACAUACAAUUGGCUCUGGGGCCACAAAAGGUUUAGGUGGGGACUUAGGUUCUUUAAUCCCAAACUUUGUCCUUGGGAGGCUUAGGAUCAGUACUGAUCUUUCAGGGAGCUCCAAAGUGGCUUUGGAGGAGAGGUUCUUUGGCAGGAUCGGGGAGAAGUGGUGGCAGGAGGAUGAUCUAUAAGAGGAAUCAGAGGGGGUGGCGGACAUCCCAUGAGCAAGAUGUCAGAGGAGGAGUUUUUUCUGUUCAAGGACAUCUCCUUGGUGGGGCUGUGGUAUGAGCCUCAGUACCACCUCGCCCCUGUCUGGGCCUCCCACCUCCAGGCAGCCUUCACGGGCUUUGUCUUCUUUGUAGGGACGCCCCUCAAUGCCACAGUGCUGGUGGCCACGCUGCGCUACAGAAAGUUGCGGCAGCCACGCCACUACAUUCUGGUCAAUGUAUCCCUGGGGGGCUUCAUCUACUGCAUCUUCUCUGUCUUUGUCGUCUUCAUCACCAGCUGUCAUGGAUACUUUGUCUUCAGCUGCCACGUUUGUGCUCUGGGGGCCUUCCUGGGCUGUACAGCAGGUCUGAUGACAGGCUGGUCACUGGCCUUCUUGGUCUUUGAGUGCUACAUCAUCUGUAAGCCCUUUGGCAACUUCCGCUUCAGCUCCAAGCACGCACUGAUGGUGGUCCUGGCCACCUGGACCAUUGGUAUUGGUGUCUCCAUCCCACCCUUCUUUGGCUGGAGCCGGUUUGUCCCCGAGGGUCUUCAGUGUUCCUGUGGUCCCGACUGGUACACCGUGGGCACCAAAUAUCACAGCGAGUACUAUACCUGGUUUCUCUUCAUUUUCUGCUACAUUGCGCCUCUCUCCCUCAUCUGCUUCUCCUACUCUCAGCUGCUGGGGGUCUUCAGAGCCGUUGCAGUUCAGCAGCAGGAGUCAGCUACAACCCAGAAGGCUGAGCGGGAGGUGAGCCACAUGGUGGUGAUGAUGGUGGGAUCCUUCUGUCUCUGUUACACGCCCUAUGCUGCCCUGGCCAUGUAUAUAGUCAACAACCGUAACCACAGGGUGGACUUAAGGUUUGUCACCAUCCUUGCCUUCUUCUCCAUGAAUUGCGUCUACAAUCCCAUCGUCUACUGCUUCAUGAAUAAGCAGGAAAAGCUCUUCCAAGCUCGCAUCAUGGAGAUGGUGUGUGGAAAGCCCAUGACAGAUGAGUCUGACAUGUCUAGCUCCCAGAAAAUGGAAGUUUCUACCGUCUCUUCCAGCCAAGUUGGCCCCAACUAAGGAGCCAUACUGGCCUGUUUGCAGCAACAAGGAUUUUACAUUUAAGGAAAUUUCUACUUUCUCUGUCAAAAACCAAACUACUACAACACAGAAAAUGGGAAGGGGAGUGAUAGCAAUUUGAGGUCAAUUUUCCAUUUUCCUGCUAUUUCCUUCCUACCUACACAAAGCUACUGUUCCAGUUGGGUCUACUUCAGACCACCCCAAAGGUCAUUUCAACAAUCAUCAGUUUCUACUCUGAAGUGGCAGAAUUUACAGCACUUGGAGAACAGAUUUCUACAUACAAGGCAACUGUAAAGGAGUCUGGCUGAUGAUUUUUCACUGUAUACACAUUUUCCUUUUUAGUAACAUUUUUUUCCCUACUGAGGAUCUGUUCAAAGAUGAUACAUUUUGAAUUAAAACAAACUUAUGAAAACACUUUAGAAAUGGGAGAGACAUUUAAAAAAAAAACAAAACAAACCUUUAGGGUUUCCCUGGUGGCACAGUGGUUAAGAAUCCGCCUGCCAAUGCAGGGGACACGGGUUCGAGUCCCGGUCCGGGAAGAUCCCACAUGCCGCAGAGCAACUAAGUUCAUGCACCACAACUACUGAGCCUGCGCUCUAGAGCCCACGAACCACAACUACUGAGCCCGCGAGCCUAGAGCCCGUGCUCCACAAGAGAAGCCACUGCAGAGAAGCCGGUGCACCACAACAAAGAGUAGCCCCCGCUCACCGCAACUAGAGAAAGCCCAAGCAGAGCAACGAAGACCUAAUGCAGCCAAAAAUAAAUAAAAUA